AUGGAUCAGUCUCUGCCUGAAGGUGAUUUAAAUUAACCUAAAAGAGUGUUAGCUGAUUUUGAAUUUUAUUUGCAAGUUAACAUUACUCUUUUCAACCCCGCAGUUGGAUUUUUCGGUAGGACCUACAAGGGAAGGUAAAUGAAGAUGAAUGUAUUAGAAGAGAACUAAGAAAUAACUACUAACGAGAGUGACUGGGUUCUAUUUUACACAAAAGCAGAAUCAACAGAAACUAAAGCAGUAGUUGAAGUUGUUAUUAAUGAGCAUGAUAUAAAAAAGAAAGUGCAAAGGCAAAUUGGAUUAGGCCAUGCUGUUAUUCCUCUAUUUUAUGGCGAGCCUCCGGUAUCUGUAGAUAUAAUGAAAGGGACUCCUAGAGAAGUUGCCAAAAAUGCCAAAGACCCGAGUUAUUAGACUUAACCGUCUGGAAGUAUUCUCUAUUUCGAUGUCAAGCAAUAGAUACUUAAAAAGUUUGAGAAAAUGUUGAACAUAAUACCUGAAAAUAUCUUAGUUGGUUAAAAUGAUGAUGUCCCAGGUAUAGAUGGAUCUAAACUUCCCCCAAACAUUGAUGAUGCAAAUCUCAAACUUAAAGUCUCAAAUCCAAGAACAAUUUACGCUCACAAUAUUAGAAUUUCGAGCAUGAAUGAAGUGGAGUAGUCCUUCUCUUUAUUUUUAAAAGAUUGGAAAAUGCUGAUAUCCUAAGUUGAAGGCUAGGAGCUAAGCCAGAAGUAGCCAUAGAAAUUACAAUCAGAAAUUUUGGAAAGGAGAUUAUCUGUAGUUCCUCAUAAUUCUUGGAGAGCUAUUGGUUCAUCUAGCUUUGUCAGUUUAAAUAAAGAGUUAUCGGGUGUAAUUUAAAGCAGUGGAGCUCUUAAAGUGUUAAACUUCCCCAUUCAUCCAUUAAUUGGAUUAGUAUUUAAAUUGGAAUAUAGAGUUUAAUUCACAAACACAAGCAGAUAGUAAGAAACAAAGGAUUUCGUAUUAGGCUGGUGUGUCUGUGUUCCUAAUCUUAAUAUGGAGGGAGACAAUCUUUUAGAUGAGGAAGUUUAAUUAGAUUUGAUUCUAGGGCCAGGAUUGACUUUACUUGGAGAUGUACUCUGGGAUUAAUCUCUAGUUAGAAAGGAGAGAAGACUAUUUGUAAAGAUGGCUAUAGUAUUGACUACUAGCGAGGACAUGAUCAGUGAAGCAGAGAAAAAGAAAUAAGAGGAAUUAAUCAUUAAGUAAGCACAACAAAAGGCAGAAAAGAAGAUGAAAGGGUAAGAAUAAAGGAAGAAGACUGAGCAAGACAAUGUUCUGAAAUAAAUUCAAGAGGAGAAUGAGAGACUAAAAAAAGAAAAAGAAGAGUUACUUCAGCAAAGCAUGCAACCAAAAGAGGAAAUAAUUUUGAAGCAAACUCAAAAUAACCAAGAAAUAGAAAAGGCUAAAUAAUACUAUAGAACUAAAAAUGAAGAAAUAGAAGAGUUGAUAGAGUAAGUCAUGAAAAGUUUCAAAUAAGGAGAAGAUGCUGUGCCUAAAAAUUUGAUAAACCAAAGUGAUUAAACAGUCACAAGUUUAUUGAGAUUCUUGAUCUAAAUAGUCAUGCAAAACUAUGGAGGAGAAGAUAACAUGAUGGUUGGAGAUAUGUACAACUCAUCAAGAUAAGAAGUCACUAAAAAGAAUUUGCUUGACAUGCUUAAGAGUGAAUAAAGCUACAAAAUGAAUGUCUUUGGAUCUGAAGGAGGAGUGGCAGUUCUACAAAGUAAAGAGCUAUCAAGAUAGGAUAAAGUUAAUUUAAUCAGAUUAGGAGUUGGAAAGAAUUUACUAGAUCCAGAAACUGAGGCUAAGCUAUUCGCAAGUGAGCCUAGAAUGGAACUAGAAGUGAAUGAUUUAUAUAAAGCAAGCACUAUAUCAUUCAAAUUUGUUGCAAUAAAAACUCCAGUUCAAUUCAACAACACUGUUUAGAUUCCAUAGAAGCUAUUCUUCACCUUCAAAUUCUUUACAUUCAAAAGUAUGUCAACUGAGAAAGUUGUGUUAAGACUUCCUUAAGAGGAGGGAAACAAUCAGCAAAUAAUAAAGCAAAAUCAAUCUGAACUAAAUUAGAACAUAAAGAUUAAGCUUGGGACAUAAUACUACCUUGUUAGGCUAUAAGCAUUAAUGCAAUAAAAUCUUGACCCUUCUCAAUAAGUACCUAUAAAUAGUUAAUAGUCAGCACUCUAAUUAAUUUUUGAUGUUGAUCCCUCAAUAAGUUCUGUUCCUGAUGAAGAUUUACAUCUAUCUAGAUAUCUAAAAGAUAGAGUUUUGACUAUAGAUCUAUGGAAUGGAGAUUCACUAAUGCAUUAUGGAACCUGCAAAAUACCACUUCAUACAAUAAUGAGGUAGGGAGAACCUUCUAAAAUACUAGCUCAGUAGUUUGAUAUUUGUGAGCCAGAUAAUGGUCUAUAUGUUGGUGGUUUAUAGCUUUUGAUUACUAAUGAGGGUAGGAAAAUUCCUCAUAUAGAAAAAUCACCAGUUUAACCAAAUCAAAGUUCAAUAAAGCACAAGAAAAAAGUACUUUCAAAGCCCAUUGAAAACUAUACCGCAGCAAUAGACAGCUAAUUAUCGUCUUUAGCUUAAAAUUAUGAAUUCACAAAGUAAAAUAUGACUCAGAUGCAUCAAUCUGAGGACGCUAGGAAAAAACUGAGAGUUGAAAGGCUAAAAAGAUAAACAGUUGGCAAUGAACUUUAGACAUCAAACCUCCUCAAUACUUUCUCUGAUCCGCAUGCUAAGGAAUGGGAUAAAUAUAAUUCUUUGAAAUAAAUUGAGGUACUAAGGGAGACAAGGAAGUUUAAUCUAUUAACAAAAGUGUUAAAGGAAUCUAUGGCUACUAAAUCAAAGGUAGAAGUUACUCCUGGCUAGCCAUCAUUAGUUCAUCUUAUUGUUUAAAAUCCUUUUCCUUAGGAUGUUGUUUUUCUUGUAUAAAUUCAUGAUCCAGACAGUUAAGUAUUGAGAGUUAAUAAUAUUGAUGAAGAGAUGCAGUUAGUUCAUAAUGAGAGUAAAGAGUGGCAGUUCUGGUUUAAUGAAGGUAAAUGUAACAGACCAGAUGCUUGGGAUAUUGUGAGCAAUAAAUAAGAGCUUAUGCUUAGAUCAGGCUAGCAAUGUCCACUUCUGUUCAAAUUUAUUUCAUUCAGAGAGCCAGUAAGUGAGGGCAUAAUGAAUGUAAGGCAAUAAAAGAAUAAUAACUCCACAAUAAAUGCCUCAAGUCAGAGCAUAGAUCCGACUGAUUUAAAACCGAGAAAAAUCAUAAUCUCUGUUGUUUCCUCUGAUGGUAUGACAAUCUCAACUUUGGAAGUUAAAAUUCUGCCAAGAGAACAGUAUUGUGAUUAGAUUUUCAGAUAUUAUGAACCUUAAUCUGUUUAAACUUGUGUUAAGAUACCAAACUUUGUGCCGUUUUCGCUUUAAACUGGAAUGAUUGCCAAGGCCUCAAAUCAUUCAAUGAAGGCAAGUAUUCUUCCUUAAGAUAAUAAUAGAAUACUAGUUACUUUACAAACAGAUAAAGCCCCUAAAAAGCAAGAAAGUUAUAUAUAUCUUUAUUCUGACGCCUACUGCUCUCAAUUACUAGCAUGCUGCAAAGUAGAAAUAUUCUCCUUAGUGUGUAUUAGUUAAAAGCUCUAGACAGCAGGGCCAGAAACCAUUUGCCAACUUUAAGUGAGGUCUUAAAUGAAAAGAACAAUAGAAAUAUUUAGUUCCAAUCCAAGACUAGUCUUUCCACCUGGUAAAAAAGAAAGAAAUCUCCUAAUGCUUUAACCGAAUGAGUUAACCACAAUGAAUAUUGGUGUUAAAGCUUUGGUCAGUGGAGUGUAAAGAGCUAGAAUUCAUUGCGUUGAUGUCAAUAGCAAGGAGUUGAUUCAAGCUUGGCUUUUCCAAGUUGAAGCUGAUAAGCCUAACCUUCAAAAAGCUUACUAAAUAUCUACGACUGCUGGUCGCCACACGCCAUAUAAAUUCCCAUAUACCAACCCAUUGAGUGAAUUUGUGACUAUUGAAUUCGUAUCAUCGAAAUCUAGUGUAAUGGAAGUAAGAGUUGAGAAGAUUCCGUUUGAAAGCUAAGAGACUAAGCAUGUUAAUUUGUAUAUACCUCCAUAGAAUAGAGUGGGGUAAGAAGAGGUUAUUCUGUACAUUAAUGAUGAGAGCGGAAGAGUCAGUGAAAGUCUAUUCUUUAAGAUCAAUAUAACGCCUUGA